GACCCAACUGAUGAUAUAAAUUUCAUAGCUUCGCCCCAGUUUGGAUUCUACGCUGCACGACGCUAGAUUUUAACUAUCAACAAUGUCUGGAGAAGAAGAAGAAAACGCCGCCGAACUCAAAAUUCCUGAUGAGUUUUUGAAGGCUAAGUGUCUGAUGAACUGUGAAGUUGCUCUAAUUCUUGAACACAAGUAUGAGCAGCUUCAGCAGAUGUCUGAGGAUCCGAUGAACCAAAUAUCUCAGGUUUUUGAGAAGUCACUUCAAUAUGUGAAGCGCUUCAGCCGUUAUAAGAAUCCUGAUGCUGUCAGACAAGUUCGAGAAAUUCUCAGUCGAUAUCAGCUGGCUGAAUUCGAGCUUUCUGUACUUGGGAACCUUUGCCCAGAGACGGUGGAGGAAGCUCUUGCCAUGGUCCCAUCUAUCAAGACUCGAGGACGAGCACACGAUGACGACGCGAUUGAGAAAAUGCUGAAUGAUCUCUCUCUAAUCAAGAAAUUCGAAUAGUUCUUUGUAAUGUAAUCUGGUCUGAAAUAUUUGGGGCUUCCAUUUCUAGUAUUGCUGUAAAACAGGUUUGUGGAUCUUUCAUUCACCUUCCUAAUGUGCAUGUUUGGUAGCACUUAAAAAAUUA